CUUGAAGCAGAAUGUCCGCUGCUGAGUUGCCUCCUUUGACUCUCUGUAUGUCCUGACAGCUCUCGCAUAUAAAAAGCCAGCGACCACGGUGGCUUCAGAACCACUGUCCUUUAUUUCUUUGGCCGGCCAAUUCUGUAAAAAUCCUUAGCCAAUGUCCUCCCUGGCACUCUGGCUCAUUCACCAGCUUUAUGCGUUCGUGACAUUCAUAUCCGCCCUUCGCAUCUCGUUCUCUCAGGUUACCCCCCAACCCCUCUCUGUACCCCGCCGACUCCUGCCGAAUCAUUUGGCCUUGCUUCUUGUCGUCGAACAUGACGCGGUGGACGAGGACACGGUUGCUUGCUGUUUGCAGUCAGUGCGAGACGCUGCCUCAUGGGCAAAAAUAGCGGGUGUCCGACGCCUGACUGUCUACGAGCGUCAAAGUAUCUUGACCAAAGAACUCCGAGAGCUGCAACAGACCUUGGAUCUAGACGACGCGAGUGCUUGUGUGUCUGAAUACGAAAGCUCAGAUUCAGAAUAUGAAUACCCCCUAACGCCUCCUCUCUCGGACGAGGGCGACUCGAUGUCGCUCUCAGUGAAGAGUAGUGACCUGACCAAGCAACAUUUUGGAAUUAUCACGCUACGGUUUCCGAAGGUGCACGAAAAGAAAUCUUCGGUAAAACGCCGGCGAACCAAGCACUCGGAAGAGACAACCUCGACAAGUCCGUUCACCCUUGACUUGUUGUCUUCGGCCUCUUCGAAAGCCUCCAUUGCUGCUACGGCUCGCGCCAUUAUGCGACGCCUAAAGGAUGCCGGAAGCCAAGACUUUGAGAUCCCUGAGGAUAAAGCUAAGCUUUCGAUUGAGGAUAUAAACUCUAUAUUGGAAGGUCCCCAGGGCUUCCCAGCUCCGGAUCUCAUAAUGGUCCAUUACGUUUCUCAACCUACGCAGGACCCGGCACCUCUAGAGCUAUACGGAUUUCCUCCAUGGCAAAUACGCCUGACUGAAAUCUCUCAUAAUAGACAUCAACGGCGAAAUUGGAAUCCCUUCAAAAGCAGAACCCGGACUACCCCUUCUGCUUUGACCGAACUGGACUUCAGAAGAGCUUUAGACGAAUAUGCUCUUGCCGAGAUGCGUUUCGGCAAGUAGCUAUUCUCACAUCUAUCAUAGAUAGCUGUGGCUUUAGAGAGCCUAACACAAACCGGACCUUCUUACAUCUCGGAUAUUGUACUUAUCGGUAAUCUUUGUUUAUAAUAAAUGUACUCGAGGAGGUUCAGGUUGUAUGAAAUGUACCUGUUGGGGGGGUAGUCCAGAAGCUGGACACAAGCUGGACAGG